GGAAAUCCCAGUUUUAAUGAAUAGGUUGUAAAUUUCUUUUAUAAACAGUAAAAAUUGAUAUAAAUUUAUAACAAUUCUCAAAAUAUUUAUAGCAUGAAAUGGGAGCAUUGUUAAUGGACCUGACUGCUUCGUCGGCUUUCAUUAUCCUUUUGACAGCCAGUGCGAUUAGUUCAGAGCAAAUAUGUAUAGACAAAAAUAAAACUGUAGAUACCUGUCAGCAACAAGGAGUCAACAUCAGCUGUCCACCUGGUACUGUAAUAUAUCGACCAAAUAUAAAAGCAGCGAGUGAACCAUGUAACAAAAAUCCAUCUUGUAAAGAAAACACGGUAGACCUUCUAGUUGAUACUUCAGACUGUUACUGGAAGCAACGUUGUAAGAUAAGAUUCCCAACAACGCCAUUAUUAAAAUGUUUUGUCGAAGUUGAAUCUCUUUACAUCCGCAAUUGGCAGUGUGUUAAUAUGACAAAAAGUCCCCAAACAUAUAUAGGACAAAUAUGUGACAGUGAAAUAGACCUAGGUUCAAAUAUCAAACAAGGAAUUAUACGAAGUCAUGACAACAUUCCAUGGCUUUAUGGCAAAGAUUCAUUUACGAAAUAUAUAGACACAACGUUAAUAGCUCGGUGUACCAAAACCAUCUACUUAAAACCGGUGGCAGAUGAACGAUUUCUAGUGUCUGUUGACAUGAUGAAUAUAGAUGAAGACAAUGACCAUUUUAGUAUUAAUGGAGUAAAUGUAUCAAACAACAGUUACCAUAGUGAAUUUUCUGCUGCAGAUAGGAAGAUCGUGUUUAGCUUUAACUCAGAUCCUGCUACAACAAAAGGAGGAUCUGGCUUUCUUAUAUGCUUCAAACGAUUGAAUGAUGGAGAGAGAGGAGCAAACACUAUGUCGGCAUGUGAUGGACUAAUAUCAACAGCUAACCAUGCUAACCAACCAGUUGAUAUGAUUACAACGACGCAUGACUUUUGUCUGAAGAAAAAAAGAAUAUCCAAACUUGGUGGAGACGACGACCCAGAUGAAGCCUGUAAACAAAUGAUGUCUCUAUAUCAUAUUUCUACACAAAUGCCUGUUUCAUAUACACAACUAUCAACUCAAGCCCCAGUCAUCUCAGAUGAAUUUUGUAUAAAGUGCUUGAAGAGACAAAGGCUUGGAAAGAAAUGCAAAAAGAAAUGCUGUAAAGGAAAAGUUGUACCAACUAAAUGUCCCAAACCUAAAAGGAAAGGGUGUAACCUACGUGGAAAACGAUUAGACAAGUUAUGCAAGAAAUGUUCAAAUGCAACAAGAUGUAAAAAGAAGUUUAUAAAAAGAUGCAAUAAGUGUUGUCGCAGUCAGAAAGAUAAUCUGUCUAAAUGCAAGAAGAAGACAAAUAAAAGAAGAAAGGGGAAAAAGAGGGUUAAAGGAAAGGAAAAAAAGCGUCUAAGUAAAAAGGAUAAAAAGAAAACAAAUCCAUAAAACUUUAGAACCUGUUUCAUUUAUAUUGAAUUUAUAUUAAUCCUCAAAAUGUAGAUAUAAAAUAAAUUUAUUCAGCUUCCUUUAUGCUGGCCCCUAAACAAAUAUAUACUAGUUCAGUGAUAAUGAACGCCAUACUAAUUUCAAAAUUGUACAAAAGAAACUAAAAUUAAAAUAAUACAAGACUAACACAGGCCAGAGGCUCCUGACUUAUGUCUAUUUUGUUCACACAUCGUUGUAAAUAUAACGGAAUUUGAUGCGACUGUCAUACAAGUGAGAGGUUUAGUGCUGUAAAACAAGGUUCAAUCUACCAUUUUCUCGUGUGAGAAUGCCUGUACCAAGAUAAAAAUAUGACAGUUGUUGUCCAUUCGUUUGA